CCAGUCCAAUAUGGCUGCCGCGUCUCCGCGCUGAAACUCCGUGGUGUCAAAGCUCCUGAGCCCGCGGUGUGAGAGCCUCUGUCCCGCACUUACUGCCGGACCCACAGCGUGAGUGUGAGACCCGUCAGGAGAAGACGCAAUGCCGCUCCUCGGUGUUCUGCUGUAGAACUUGUUAGUUUGUUUCUCAGAGUUUCCUCACAUCGAGCUGCACUGUCAGAGUUUGGAUCUGAAGGCGGAAGGAGCGAGUGUCCGUGUCCCCGGUGUCCCCUGCGGUGUCCCCGGCCUCAGGAACAUGGCGCAGUCCCCGGUGGCUGUUCAAGUUCCCGGAAUGCAGAACCCUCGAGCAGAUCCUGAGGAGCUCUUCACUAAACUGGAGCGCAUUGGGAAAGGAUCGUUCGGGGAGGUGUUCAAGGGCAUCGACCGCCGCACGCAGAACGUGGUUGCUAUCAAAACCAUCGACCUGGAGGAAGCUGAGGAUGAGAUCGAGGACAUCCAGCAGGAGAUCACCGUGCUGAGCCAGUGCGACAGUCCACACGUCACCAAGUACUACGGCUCAUACCUGAAGGGCAGUAAGCUUUGGAUUAUAAUGGAGUAUCUUGGUGGAGGAUCAGCUCUGGAUCUGUUGCGUGCUGGACCUUUUGAUGAGUACCAGAUCGCCACCAUGCUGAAGGAGAUCCUGAAAGGCCUGGACUACCUGCACUCAGAGAAAAAGAUCCACAGGGACAUCAAAGCCGCUAACGUGCUCCUGUCCGAGUCUGGUGAGGUGAAGCUGGCUGACUUCGGCGUGGCAGGACAGCUCACAGACACGCAGAUCAAACGGGAGACCUUUGUGGGAACGCCCUUCUGGAUGGCUCCAGAGGUCAUUCAACAAUCUGCUUACGAUUCCAAGGCUGAUAUCUGGUCUUUGGGCAUCACUGCUAUUGAGCUUGCCAAGGGUGAACCGCCCAACUCAGAAAUGCACCCCAUGAGGGUUCUGUUUCACAUCCCGAAGAACACACCCCCGACCCUGAGCGGUGACUUCUCCAAGACCUUCAAGGAGUUUGUGGACUCGUGUCUGAAUAAAGACCCCACGUUUAGACCAACUGCCAAGGAGCUGCUGAAACACAAGUUUAUUGUGAAAACCAAGAAGACGUCCUACCUCACCGAGCUGAUCGACAGGCUGAAGCGCUGGAAAUCUGAAGGCCACAGUGACGGAGAAUCUGAUUCGGACUCGGACUCAGAGCCGAACAACAGAGACAGCGACUCAUCCCCCGAGUGGACCUUUACCACCGUCCGCAAGAAGCCUGAUAAACAGUCGAAUGGAAUGGUGUUUCUUGAUCAAGCGGUACAGAAAAAAUCUACCAGUCUGUCUACAGUAAUCAAUCCGGUGUUUACUGAGUUGAAGCUGCAGCACAGGGAUGGGGAUGUGAGGAGGAAUGUGAUUGAAGAUCUGGAGAAGAGUCUGCAUGCUGCUGAGGACCUUUGCCAUGGAAUCACAGACAAGAUGAUCAGUCACAUCCUGGAAAGGGUGAAGAGGUUCUCUGUGAGUUAGUUUUGAAAUGAAACACAGAAGCUGGACGACCAAACAUCUGCAGGGCUUCUACAAUCUCAGCUCUUCCUGUUCACUGAACACACACACACACACACACACACACACACACACACACACACACAAGCACAGCCUCUCCACACACAUGGACAGGAGGGACUCAGGUUGCACACACACGCACUAUAACAUUACCAAAUAAGGAAUUUCCCUUUUCAAGAAAGACAUAAAUAUAUAUUUGUGUAAUUAUAUUUAUAGAGAUUUUCACCAUGUGCUCUUUUUAGAUUCGCGCCGGGGCUCAGUGACUCCUUCCUUUUAUUUGAGUUGAUUAUUUUAGUGCAGGUUGUGAGUCAUGGAUUUGAGUUAUAGGUUUUCUGCUGAGCAUUAGACUUGUCAGUUUACGUAUAUAUACACACGUGUGUUGACCCUAUUUGAUGCAACACUUUAUUUUAUGCUUCUGUCAGUAAUAUUAAUGUGUGGGAGGUUUAAUAUUCACGUUUUAUUCCUUUUUUUUAUAAUAAAGGUAGAAUUUCUGUUAAACUCUACAUACUGUUACCUGUAGCAUUAUAACUGCUGUAUGGGAAAAAUCCCUUCAUAUCAUGUUCAUGAAAACGUAGAAAUACCUCAGAUAAAGCAAUCAAUAUAAAGAACGACUUAAAAAUGACUUAAUCUUUAAUUUAUAUUAAUGUAAAGUGCACAUGGAGUUAUGGGAGAGCAAUUUUGCUGUGCAAAAGGGACUUCCGUUUCUGACCCUCGAGAUCAAACAUUAUAUUUCAUAAAGACAAGUUUAUUCUCUGAUUUUAAAUUGGCGUUUUUAUCAUUUACAGAUGUGGCCUUGUUACCUUUGUAACCCCCUUUACAGAUGUGGCCUUGUUCCCUUUAAACCAUUCUUCUGUAAUUCCAGAUGUGGCCUUGUUUCCUUCAUACCCCCCCCCUCCCCCUUACAGAUGUGGUCUUGUUUCUUUUAUACCCUUCUCCAAUUGCAGAUGUGCCCCUGUUCUCUUUAUUCCCUUUUUCUGUAAUUCCAGAUGUGACCUUUUCCCUUUAUGUUCUCUCCAAAUACAGAUGUGGCCUUGUUCCCUUUAUAUUGUUCUCCCCAAAUUUUAGAUAUGGCCUUGUUCCCUUUAUACCCCCCCCUUUACAGAUGUGACUUUAUUCCCUUUAUACUAUUCUCCUUUAAUUCCAGAUGUGGCCUUGUUCCUUUUUUUGUUGUUCUUCUCCAAAUACAGAUGUGGCCUUGUUCCCUUUGUAACUCCCCCCCCUAACAGAUGUGGCCUUGUUCCCUUUAUACCCUUCACCUGUAAUUCCAGAUGUGGCCUAGUUUGUUCCUUUUAUGUUCUCCUCCAAAUACAGAUGUGGCCUUGUUUCCUUUAUACCCUUUUCCUCCAAUUCCAGAUGUGGCCCUGUUCUCUUUAUUCCGUUUUCCUGUAAUUCCAGAUGUGGCCUUGUUCCCUUUAUUCCCCCCCACCACCCCCUUAACAGAUGUGGCCUUGUUUCCUUUAUACCCUUCUCCUCCAAUUCCAGAUGUGGCCUUGUUCCCUUUAUACCCUUCCUCUCCAAAUACAGACAUGGCUAUGUUCCAAUUAUACCGUUCUCCUUUCGCCAAUUACAGAUGUGGCCUUGUUUCUUUUAUACCUUCUACAGAGUUUUGCUGUUUCUAGGCUUUUUUUUAGUGAUACUGUACUUCUGAAGGAAAUGCACUGCACACACUUUGUACUGGGGGAAUCUUACACACACACACACACACACACACACACACACUCGGUGUGGAGGAGAGGGUGAUAUUCUCUCACCAGUGGAGGUUUAGGUCGUGCCCCUGCAGUGUGAGUGCUGGAGCUCUUUGUGUAGAAACUUCACAUAUGUGUAAAUGGGAGCGAGUUUCGGGGAAAGUUUCGAUAUUCUACCUGUAAAGUUUCUGCCAAGCGUUUUCUAAACACUUUUGGGUGCCAUCACUGGAAUGGUGGUGAGGAGAUCAGAUCUGCACUUGCGUUGGCAUGGAGACGAUGAAACGCCAACAUUGUGCCUAAACUUUAUUUUUCUGUGUUUAUGUAAUUAUUAUUCUCUUUAUAAAGCUUUAAAGGAUUUUACAUGUUGCCAGACUUUAUUAUAAUUUUUUUUCUUUAGAUAAACAUGAUACCAAACUAGUUUUUGUAAAUGUUCUCUUUUUUAAAAGGUUUCUGAAAUUGCAACACAGGAAUCUAAAGCUGUAUCAUUUCCAUGUAUAAAUAAUAAAUCUACAGCCUUUUUCGCUUUAACUGUUACAAACUGGUCUGCUUCGACAAAUAAAGAUGUAAAUUAUGA